AUGACUGAGGCUGAGGCUGAGUAUCCCCGCAAGUUCAAAAAUGGAAUCACUAAAGAAAUCGAUCUGGUCAACCGGGAUCCCAAACAAAUCAACGAGGAUGUGGUUAAGAUAGAUUUUGAAGAUGUGAUUGCAGAGCCUGAAGGAAGUCACAGCUUGGACACUGUGUGGAAAGUCAGCUUCACGACCUUCACUGUGUCGAAAUACUGGUGCUAUCGAGUACUCUCUGCUAUCUGCGGAAUCCCUCUGUCUAUCUGCUGGGGUCUCUAUUUCGCCUGCCUCUCCUUCUGUCACAUCUGGACCAUUGUACCCUGCAUCAAGAGUUUUCUGAUUGAAAUGCAGUGCUUCAGUAGGCUCUACUCUCUCUGCAUUCACACCUUCUGUGACCCCUUUUAUGAAGCGCUGGGCAAAUUAUUCAGCAACAUUCGUGUCACUUUACAAAAGGAAGUUUAAUUUCUCACCCUGUCUUCUAUCAACACAUGUACCCUGGCAGAAGGC